CCCCCCCCUUCUCCCUUCCCUACCACCGGCCUCCAGAGCUGCCGCCAUUGAAACCAUACAAUAAAAGCGACGGAAGGGAAAGGAGGAAGCGCGACGCGGGCAUUGCGGCGGCGCCGGAGCGGAGGCGGCAGCAGGCGGGCAGGACAGGCAAAUAAGAAUAAUCUGCCAGAAGACUGAAAAACACAGAGCGACAACAUGUCGGCCCGAGGUGGAAAGAAAAAAAUGACCAAAAUGUCUCGCUCCAGCAGAGCAGGCGUUAUUUUUCCAGUGGGCAGAAUGAUGCGAUACUUAAAGAAAGGAACAUACAAAUUCCGGAUAGGAGUGGGAGCUCCUGUCUACAUGGCAGCUGUCAUAGAAUAUCUAGCAGCAGAAAUAUUGGAAUUGGCUGGUAAUGCUGCAAGGGACAACAAAAAAGGAAGAAUUGCUCCAAGACACAUCCUUUUGGCAGUUGCUAAUGAUGAGGAGCUGAAUCAGUUGCUAAAAGGAGUGACCAUUGCAAGCGGAGGUGUCCUGCCCAGAAUUCAUCCAGAGCUUCUUGCCAAAAAACGAGGCACCAAAAGCAAAUCUGAUACUAUCCUUUCACCUUCUCCAGAGAAGAGAGGGAGGAAAUAUUUGGGGACCAAGAAGACUGGAAAGAAAGCAAAGGCUGCAAAAGCCCGGACACCCAAAAAGAACAAACAGAAGGAGAAUGAAAAAGAAGGAGCAUCAAAUUCAGCAGCUGAUGAUGGACCUGGUGAUGGGUUCACUAUACUCUCCUCCAGGAGUCUUCUUCCAGGACAGAAGCUGUCUCUGACGCAGAGUGACAUCAGCCAUAUUGGUUCUAUGAAAGUAGAAGGCAUUGUGCACCCAACUACUAGUGAAAUAGACCUCAAAGAAGAAGUAGGCAAGGCACUGGAAAAGUCUGGAGGUAAAGAGUUCUUAGAAACCAUAAAGGAACUCCGUAAAACACAAGGACCUCUGGAAGUCACAGAAGCUGCUCUCAGCCAGUCUACUGGUCUAGCAGCAAAGUUUGUCAUUCACUGUCACAUCCCACAAUGGGGUUCAGACAAAUGUGAAGAGCAACUGGAGGAGACUGUAAAGAACUGUUUAACUGCUGCUGAAGACAAGAAGCUGAAGUCUGUGGCUUUCCCACCUUUCCCCAGUGGCAGAAAUUGCUUUCCAAAACAGACUGCAGCCCAGCUGACACUCAAAGCCAUUUCUUCCCAUUUUGAUGACUCCAGCCCUUCUUCCUUGAAGAACAUUUACUUCGUGCUUUUUGACAGUGAGAGCAUUGGCAUCUACGUGCAAGAGAUGGCAAAGCUAGAUGCAAAGUAGCAACAGAAGCCAAAUGAAAAUUUAUUUUUCAACAUGAAUAUGAGUAGGAAUGAAUUAGAAGUGGGUUUUAUUUUUAAAAUAUUGUGAGGACGGAGUAUGUGAGUAGCUUUGAAGUUUUGUGAUGGGUGGAGGGCUUUUGUUAAUUGGAGGGAAGGGGAAUUUGUUUGGGAGAAUUUGAUCGGCAAUUAUACCAUGCUUUAGGCACCCUCUACCAUUUUGUAUCAUCCCUAAGAAAUUACAUUGCCAGCUCUCUUUACCUUUUAAUGUUUCGAGUUAUUUUAGUUUAGACCUUUUAAAGAUUAAUCUCAUUUUAGAGUAGCAAGACAAUUCAACACACAGUGGGUGGGAAAAUGAAUUGUUUGCUCUUUCUUUCCCCACUGGUAGUUAGAAAACCUUGUUAUGUCUACAUUCCAUGUUGGAGAAAGUAAUUUCAAAGAAAACUCACUUGGUGCUUUACUGUUUUACUCCAGAAUGAACUGUAAUUGCUGAGAAUAUUUCAUCUUAAUUUGUUUUUAUAUAAAAAAUGUGGCAUCAUGCUUUUUAAAAACUUGAAACUCAAAA